AAUGAAUAAUGAUUAAUUUCACCUUCAAUAUAGUAGAUGCGUUUGUCCACAGAGAAGGCCUAAGAAGUUAACUCAUGGUGUUAAAUUCAUAACCCUGGAUCAUGAAAUCAAGUGAGGCUGUUUUCACCAAAAAGAAUCCCUUUCCUCUUGAAUCCCACCAAACUAAAAGCCAUUACAGUCCAUCUCGAGCAAAGAAGAUCCCCAAACGGCAGAAAAAGCUGGCACUGAGCCCUGUCCGGUUUACAGAGUUAGCCAGUCUUCCAGAGUCUCCUCAACACACUGCGUCUCUCAGCCCGGAGGACCAGCGCUUCCUCAAAGGCUCGCACCAUGUCCUUCUCUGUCCUCCUCCAACUGUAACAGGGCAGCAGAAUUUCUCAGAGUCCUGGCCCUCUACUGAUCAGAGCUCUUCUCCUGCCAGCACUGAUGUUGAACAUCCACAACACACAGUGACCAGUCGAACGCAGGAGCCUUCAGUUCUGGCAAAGUACAUUGAGCGUUUCCGUUAUGGAAGGCCACAAAGUCGUGGAGAAAGACAGAAGUUGGCCGCUGAUGGAGCAGACGGUCAGCCAUUUUGGUGGAUGUCCUCAAAUCCUUCACAGCCAUCCAGCUCAACUCCAACUCGGACUUCUGAGGAACGCUAUGGAGGAUCGUUUGAGUGUAGAAAUGAUGGCACAGGCAGUGCGCAAGACCUGCUCAGACAUCAAGUGGACACUUCGCUUUCUCCCACCAGAGACCUGCUUGACCUGAGUGCGCUUGCCUUAUCCGAUUCCUCACACUGUGAGCAAGGACAGCCAGAAAUCCUUCAGCUUCAGGAGAGAGCCAGAAGACUUCUGCAGAGGAGUGAGCACUCACUGAGCAGUGGCUCCAGCGGUGUACCGAUCAGCUCUGAAGGCCUGGGCUGCUCUGAUUUCUCCUCUCCUGUUAGUGUUGCUGAGCCGAUCAGAAAACCCACAGUUCCCAGUUUGAUAGAUACAGCCAACUUGAUAACACCACUUCCGGCUGCCACUGCUCCAGGCCCUGUGGGGUCUCGACCUCGGCCUGAGGAUGACAUCCUGUUUCAGUGGCGCCUGAGAAGGAAGAUGGAGCAGGCCAGACAGUGGAGUCACACCUCCUCCCAUAGUUCAGCUCUUUAUCAACCCUUACUGAGCAGGCUGGCAUUGCAAACACAGCCUGGACCCUCUUUUACAUCUGCACCCGUGGAAGCGACUGGCAACGUAAGCACCUCUACCUUCUGUCCAGUCCUUGAGCCAGUGCCGUCCUCCUCCACCCAAGUCCACGCUGGAUCCAGCAUCUAUACCAGGGUUGAGUCCAUCACUCAGAGCCGCUUGGGUUCAGUUCCUCCCUGUGACAGAGAGAAGGGCUUUCAGCAGCCUCCGACAGCUCAUUCCUUCACUCAGCCCUGUCUCGGAGGACCGGUCUGCUCUUCAGCGAGGUCAGGAGAGCUGGGCAGUAAGGAGCAGGAUUCCUCUACUCCAUUUGCAUCUCCAUCUCCACUACCUGCUGAGAGCUCAGAGGGCGAUGGCUGCCAGGAAAGAGGGCGCGUGCAGGCUAAUAGCAGAGUGGAAGGGGAACGGGGCAAGAAAAAAUCAGUGCCAUUUACCCGAAAGAAGAAAUCCGACAGGUAUGUGGAGGUCAGAGAUGUGGUUGAAAUGAAUCAGCACACUGUCAAAGCCAGAGACAGGAACACGAGGGUUCAAGAAAAGGUCCGAUCUAAAAACAAAGAGAAUGCAGGGCACAGAGAGAGACCGAGUUCAGCACGAGACGUUCGUCCAAUAGAUUCACCGUCACCAAUACACAACACUCUCGGCCAGGUUGUUUCCGAGGUGUUGUUUCCCAGUGCUGACUCACCAGUCAAGCUGAGAAGCCCAUGCUCCUCGACAUCUCCCAUACACACCCCUCCAGCACCUCCUCGUUCCCCUGCACCUCCCCCUCAACACUCAUCCCAACCAAGUGAAGUCAUAGGUCAGCUGAUGCAGGAGGCACAAGACUCGGAUGGCCUGGAAUUUGAAGACGAUCCCUUACUUUUAGUCCUUAGGCAGCAGAGAGAGUGGGUCAAAGAACAACUCUGUGAGGUUGAUAUGAUGCUGGAUAAAUUCCAUGAAGACUGAUCUACUGUAAACAAGAACAGUGCACUUAAGCAGACGAUCACAUUUAUUAUUGCAAAUCAGUACACUGUGUAUUUAUUUUGUGCCUGCAAAUGGAUAUGUAUGUGUUUACACUGUAAAUAAAUCAUUUUGGAAAAAUA